AUGGAAACGUGGCUCGUUAUUGGCAUAUCCGGUGUCACGAACGGUGGCAAGACGACGCUCGCCAAAUCCCUUGAAUCGUACUUUCUGGCCCACCAAAACAAGGUAUUCUUCAAGGAAAAUCUUAUCCUCAACAAGGUCGUUGCACUGUGCCAGGAUGACUACUUCCUACCGGUGGAAAGCCCUCGGCAUGAGGUGAUCAAGAAGCUUAACCACAUCAACUGGGAGAUACUAUCCUCGCUCGAUAUGGACCGCAUGUGCCAGGACAUCAUGAAGGUGCUCGGGCAAAAGUUUAUCCUGUACAACUGCCACCCGUUGCGGCAGAGUGACGACGAUAGUGAAAUGGGCGAGCAGGUCGAAUCGAUGGACGAGUUCAAUCUGUUUGCCGAUCACUUCCUGAGCAACUUUCUCACCAAAUACGACGAAAACGGAACGGGCGGCCGGACGACGAACAUAAUCAAGAAAUCAAAGAACGAAUCGUACCAAAACAUGAGCAUUAAGAUAAACAUUCUGCUGCUGGAAGGAUUCCUCGUCUUUAACCACUCGUUCACGCGUGAUCUGUGCAACAUGAAGUUCCACAUCCAUCUGCCGUACGAGCGAUGUUACGCCCGGCGCCUGCAGCGUGUGUACGAUCCACCGGACGUGGUCGGUUACUUUGAGAUGUGCGUGUGGCCAAUGUACGAGAAGCACUAUCGGGAAUUUAAGGGGCGGAAGGACAUUUACGUAUUGAACGGAGAAAUACCGCAGGAAAACAUCUUCAACUACGUGUUAAACUGCAUCAAAGACUUACUGUAG